AACAUCACACACAACAAUUCUCACGCCAACAACACCUCCCACAUCAGCACCAUGAAGUCCACCAUUGCCGGCACAGCAGCAGCCCUGCUCGCUCUCAGCAGCUCCGUUGCAGCUCAGACGACCCAGUCUGCACCUUUCAGGCUCGUAAUCUCCAGCUCGGUCAAGGCCGUCGACGGCAAGGUCCUCAGCGCCUGUCAUGAAGGCGCCGCGAUCGAGGGUCUUUGCAUCUCCGAUCCUGCAGGCUCGACCUUUCAGUUCAACACCACGACCGGCCAAAGCGAGUCGAACGUCGGCACAAUCACCUAUAAACUCGAUGCCGGAACUGUUCAACCAUCGUACGGCCUCACCUUCUUCUACUCGCCGUCUUCCACCUUGGCUCAUGCCCAAUUUGGCGGCAUCGGUCAGGACCAGCAAUUUGGCUUCGACAAGGACAACAAGCUCCAUGUUCCGACUUACUAUGACGAGUCCGUCUACCCUCCCAAAAGCCUGGGUUCGUCGAAGUCUGAGUACCACUGGUACUUUUGCAACUACAACUACGCCGGAUACGGCUACCAGAGCCUGAACUGGGCCGUAGGUGACGUGAAGCCGAAGAACCCUACUUGCGCGAAGGUGGAUGUUGUGAGGAGAUACUCUGCGGCCUAUUAG